CAAAGAGCACCGCCGGAGGAGGCGCGAGCAGUACGUCAGAUUUGGUUUUGAAAGCCCGAAGACGACACCCUUCCUUCCAAUUUAACUGCUCGAAAGGCUGAGAGUGGGAGUGGGAGUGGAAGCAAAGUAACCUGCAGAAACUGUUGGUCUCCUCCCUAAAAGCAAAAAUGCCACAGGGUCGGAAAAAGGUGCCGUUUAGUGGCAAAGCGAAAAAGCAGCAGCUUCUUGCUAAACGGCAGCAAAAAGCUGUCAUUGCUACCCCGGGAUUGCAUCAUGGUGGCGCAGAUGAUGAGUCCGAAAGCAGUCUUCCUGGUGACCGAGUUCGCAAACUCAAUUCUCAACCCAAUGCUAGAGGUUCCAAGUCUAACCCAAACAGAUAUGCUCUUCAAUUUCACCGUGAGACUGAGGCUGAGAUCAAAGAACGGAAGGAGGCAGCUAGGAAGGGAAUUGUACCUGUGACAGAGGAAGGUUUUGAAAUAGAUGCAGAUACAUACUUUACUCCAGAGUUAGAUUUUCCUACUCGCCCACCAUGGAAUCAUAAUAUGUCAACUGCUGAACUUGAAAGUCGAGAGCAUCGAUAUUUCACAGAGUAUGUGUCAAAGUUAGAGAAGAAAUUUGAUUGGAAAGAAAUGAGUUACUUUGAAUUGAAUCUUGAAACUUGGAGGCAGUUGUGGAGAGUCUUAGAAAUGUCAGAUGUGAUCCUCCUCAUUGUUGACAUUCGGUUUCCUGCACUUAUGUUUCCUCCAUCUCUUUACAAGUAUGUUACUGAAACACUUAAGAAAGACAUGAUAUUGGUCCUAAACAAAGUGGACCUUGCACCAGCACCUUUGGUUCUUGCCUGGCAGCAUUACUUCAAAGAAAAGUAUCCGGAAUUACAUGUUCUUUUGUUCACAUCAUAUCCAGACUAUAACCUUCGAUUGAGUGCUGAUGUUCCUAGGAAAGAAGGAGGUUUGCAAACAAGAAGACGAAGGGGUAAAAUGCGUAUGGCAGCUGAGGGGGCCCAAAAGCUACUGGAGGCCUGUAAAAAUAUUGUUAAAGAUCAAGUUGAUCUAUCCUCUUGGGAAACAAAAAUCGCUGAAGAAAUGGAGUUGGAAUUUGAGACGGAUGAGUUAGAAGUUGCAGAAACUAUAAAUUUGAAAAAGCAAGAUACAGCAUUUUUGGAACAUGAAAAAUACAAAGAUGGAACUCUAACUAUAGGUUGUGUUGGCCAACCUAAUGUGGGGAAGUCCUCCUUGCUGAAUGCCAUCAUGGGAAAAAAGGUUGUGAGUGUGUCUAAAACACCUGGACAUACAAAGCAUUUCCAAACAAUUUGGUUAACAAACACUGUACGACUCUGUGACUGUCCUGGUCUCGUUUUUCCAUCAAAGGUUCAGAAAGUCCAACAGAUAUUGAUGGGUAGUUUUCCAAUCGCUCAAGUUCGAGAGCCAUUUUCAACUGUGCAGUACAUUGCAGAAAGGCUGGACUUGGUUCAAUUGUUGAAACUGCAGCACCCGGAGGGAGAUGAUGAGUGGUCUGCCAUGGAUAUUUGUGAUGGAUGGGCUCUUAAGCGUUCUUUCUACACUGCUAAAGCAGCCCGACUUGAUGCCUACCGUGCAGCCAAUCAUUUGCUAAGAAUGGCCCUUGAUGGGAAAAUUACUGUGUGCUUGCAUCCUCCUGAAUAUGGAAAGAAAAAAGAAUCGUGGGCAGUUCAUCCUGAGGUUGAAAUAGUUCGCUGGAUUCAAGCACGAGAGAAGGACCAUGCUACUCCUCUUCAACUGGAUCUAUCUUCCGAUGAUGAAGAAGAUCAAGCAGUGCUGCAGGCUCAAGGGAGACGGGUGGAUGAUGAAGAGGAAGAAGGGGACGAUGCUGAUGGUAGCAGCAAUGGUGGUAGUAGCGAUGAUGAUGUUUCCCCUAUUCAGGCAACAAACAAAUUUGCUGCCCUUGGAGAUGAAGAUGAUGACUGAUUAUAAGGCUGCAACCAGCUCACUAUCAGCACGGAUCUGAUAUGCUAUUUCCUGAACAGAGGCCGAUGUGUUUACUUGUUUUGUUGAAUUGUUCAUGUUCCAAUGAAAGAAUAACUAAGUUGAUGCCAUUUAAGUAGUCAUUAGGGAUGUUAGUGUUGUAUAUUUCUCUUAGAUUGGAUCUUUUAGAUACUCUGUAUAUUUUUAUUAUGCAUUUUGGCGACCUUAAAGAAACACAGAUCAUGUUUUGUUGUAGUCUUUAUCGUUUAAACCACUUCAAUUUGUACUUUUAUGUGUGGGAACAUUGCCAUGAUAUUUCAAAUUUAAUGUUGAAGGUCCUUGUUGGUUGUAUGAGUAUUGUGAUAGUUGUCUUGUGUUUUUUCCUCUAAUUUAAAAAAAAUAAUCUGUGAUCAGAAGCAUUUCACAAACUUUUAAUUCACAAACUCACUCAUUAAUGAAGAUAAAUUGAAGAUUGAUAAAUUCUGUAACUUUUAUGACUGAUUUCUUGUGUAUGUUCAAAUAUUAUCAAGUGUAGACUUACCAUGCUAGACUGUUUUCAGAUAAAAACUAUUUUUUUCUCUUUUAAUUAAUGUAUCAAAUGCCUGAGAGGAAUAUUAAGAAAAGUUGUAGCAAUCAGGUAUUUAUUUUUAUCUCAAUAUUUUACUUCCUCACAUAGUUCUUACACAUGCUUGUGUCUCUUAGUUGUCCAAAUGUAUUCAAUUGUGCCUUCCUCGUUAUUUCUGCAUUGCUUUAUUAGUUUCUGUGAUACUCUGAUACAUACUCGAGAAAUACGUACCAUUUGUUCUUGUCCAACAGCUUUACAAUAAUCAUGUACUUUAUUUUUUUCUAAGUAAUGAAAAAUCUAUCUGUAACUGUUUA